AUGCUCACCCGCGCCGUUUCCCCACAUGCCUCUGUACUCUACAGGCUCCCUCGCCAUGCCGUCUCGAGAUUGAGGUAUUCGACGGCUGUGGAUGCGGUCGAGCCGCCGCCGGCUGGUGGGCAUCUGCCCUCGAUCGCGAAUUCUGCGAUUCUGAGGACGUCGCGGGAUUCGGCUUUGAGAACGCCGGGACUCAAGUUCGCGGACGACGAGCCCGGCAACUCUCUCACUGGACGGGAGACCAGGCGUAUGAACGUAUACCAGGCCGUACGCGAUGCUAUGAGUAUCGCUCUUGCUAAGGACGACACAGCGGUGGUAUUCGGCGAAGACGUCUCGUUCGGUGGUGUAUUCAGGUGUACAAUGGUAUGUCUGUUCACUGUACUCGUCGUCGCCUACCCCGCAUUCCUCGCCGUCGGGACAUCCGCUCCGGGCGGACCUUCACAUGUAACGCGCUCAGCUGACUUGGUUCCUUGCUUUCAGGGCUUAGCAGAGGAGUUCGGUCGAGAACGCGUAUUCAACACUCCAUUAUCCGAGCAAGGUAUCGCGGGGUUCGGAAUCGGACUCGCGGCUAUGGGCCACACGGCGAUAGCGGAGAUCCAAUUCGCCGACUACAUUUACCCCGCAUUUGACCAGCUCGUGAACGAGGCGGCUAAAUAUAGGUACAGAUCAGGCGGGCAGUUCAACGCCGGCGGGCUCACUGUCCGAACACCGACCAUGAGUGUGGGGCAUGGAGGGCUGUACCACUCUCAAUCGCCUGAGGGGUACUUCAUGGGUGCAGCAGGGCUGAAGGUCGUAAUCCCGAGGUCACCAAUACAAGCCAAAGGCCUCCUCCUCGCCUCAAUCCGAGACCCCAACCCCGUCAUAUUCAUGGAGCCCAAAAUCCUCUACCGCUCCUCCGUCGAACACGUCCCCACAUCCGACUACACCCUCCCCCUCUCGCAACUCGAGCCCGUCCUCCCGCAGUCUAAUCCAGACAUCACAGUCCUUUCAUGGGGUACACCCGUAUACACAUGCGAGACCGCCGCACAUAUGCUCGCGCAACCGCCAAAAGGGCUGGAAGAGAUCGUUCCGAGCGCUGUGAGGGGUGCGAAGGUCGAGGUGUUGGAUUUGAGGACAGUGUUGCCGUGGGAUAUUGAGGGUGUGCUGGAGAGAGUGGGGAAGAGUGGUCGGUUGGUUGUUGUUCAUGAGGCGGGGAUGACGGGUGGUGUGGGGUCGGAGAUUGCUGCAACGGUUCAGAAGGAGCUCUUCCUGAGGCUGAAGGCGCCCGUUCGCCGCGUCGGCUCAUGGGACACGCCAUCUGGGCUCAACUAUGAGAAGUUCAUUCUGCCUGAUGCAGUACGCGUGCUGGACGCGCUCAUCGAGACACUCACAUACUAG